AUGAAUGAUAAUAAUAAUAAUCAAAAUGAGUUAGCUAUUCAACGUUUUGUUGAAUAUAUACAAAUAAAAACAGUACAACCUGAACCAGAUUAUGAUAGUGCUUUGAAAUUUUUGAAAAAUUAUUCACAAGAACUUGGUUUAGAAUAUCGACUAAUUAAUAUUGAUGAAGGUCGACAAGCAGCUGUAUUAACUUGGUCAUCAUCAUCAACUGAUAAAUCAUUAUUACUAAAUUCACAUAUUGAUGUUGUACCAGUUUUCGAAGAAAAUUGGAUAGUUCCACCAUUUUCAGCUAUUCGACGUCUGAAAACAGCUGAUUAUGAACCAAAACGAACUAUUCAUUGUUUAUUUGUUCCUGAUGAAGAAAUAGGUGGCGAAAGAGGAAUGAUGAAAUUAAGAACAUUAAAUGAAUUUAAAGAUUUAAAUGUUGGUUUUGUUCUUGACGAAGGUCUUGCUAGUGAAACAGGUAUUUUUCAAGUAUAUUAUGGUGAUCGUUGUUGUGUUUGGGUUGAAAUAACCGUUAAAGGUAAUACUGGUCAUGGAUCACGUCUAAUUGAAAAUACAGCUGCGGAAAAAGCACAAUUUAUUCUUAAUGAAAUGUUAAAAUAUCGUACUGAAUCGAAAGAACGUUUAGAACAAAGUCAAACAACAGAUAAACCACUUCAAUUAGGUGAUAUAACAACAAUUAAUUUAACAAAAAUCAAUGGUGGUGUUCAAAUAAAUGUUGUACCUGAUCAAUAUACAUUAUCUUUCGAUUGUCGUAUUGAACCAAAUAAAUAUGAUUCAUUUAAAAAAUUUUUAAAUGAUCUUAUUCAACGAACACCAAAACAACAUAAUGAUGAAAUAAUACUUAAAUAUGCAGAAGAUUCAGGUCCGCUUAUUCUGACUGAUAUUGAGAAACCAUCAUGGUGGCUUAAUGGCUUUAAAAAAACAUGUGAAGAAAUGAAAUGUAAAUUAAAUUGGACUAUAUUACCUGCUGGAACUGAUGCUGCAUUUUUACGUAAUUUUGGUUAUCCAGCAAUUGGUUUUUCACCUAUGAUCAAUACUCCUGUUCUUUUACAUGAUCAUAAUGAAUAUUUACAUAAAGAUAUUUUUCUUCGUGGUAUUGAAAUUUAUGUUAAAUUAAUUGAAAAUCUUACAAAUGAACCAAUAUCAGCUUGA